CUUUACUCAGCAGUGGUGAGGCCUCUGUUGGAGUACUAUGUCCAGUUCUGAGCAUCUCACUUUAGGAAAGAUGAGGAGAACUGGAGAGCAACACAUUUAUAGACGGUUUAGAAAACCUGACCUAAAAAGGGCAUGUUUAGUCUUUAGAAAAGAAGACUGAUGGGGGAGGGAUGUGAUCAUAGUUCUUAAAUGUGUUGAGAGAUGUUAUGGAGAACAAUGUCCACUUGAAGGUAGAACAAAAAUUAAUCAGCUUAAAUUGCAGCAAGGGAGAUCUAGGUUAGAUAUUAGGGAAAUUUUCUAAAUAUAAGCUGUAAUGAAACAGGCUUCCAAAGAAGUUUGUGGAAUUCCCAUCAUUGGAAGUUUUAAGAACAGGUUAGACAAACAUCUGUCACAAAUGUUCUAGGAGGUUUACUUGGUCCUGUCUCAGCACAGAGGGCUGGACUAAAUGAUCUUUUGAGGACCCUUUCUGCCCUACAGUUCUAUUAUUCUAACUCAGCAGCAACUAAUCAAAUCAGGCUGUGAAACUCCAGUAUUGCUUUGAAGUGUGGUUGCUCUCACUCAAGCUAGGCUAGCUUGAAUGCGGUAACUAAAGCAUGCUAACUUGUAGUAAAGACAAGCACUAAAGGAUCACCUACCACUGUAUGUACUAAGACAUAGUAAAGACUUCAAAAUAAAAUUAUUGUUCUGUCUCCUGUAAAUAUUGCUUCACAUAAACCACAGCAAUUGUGACCUUCAUAUUUGGUUUUAAAGUACAGCUGGAGUGGGGAAUAUUGCUUUAUUUAUGACAUUGUGAAAAGAAUCUCUUUCAGCAGCUGAAAUGCGUAAUUCCAUGCUUUAUUUUUUUUUUUAACUCUUCCUAGAGCUCUACUAGGAGCCAUGUAUAUCAGUUAACUGGGAGGAAAAAACUACCAUACUGAUGUAGACCCUAUAUAAAGUUAGAUCAUAGUCUUUGUUGGAUCCUAAAAGUAAUCCUUCAUCUUGAAAAGUAGACUAGAAUUUAAUUACCACCCUACAUAGUUCAUGAAUCCUAGAGCUUUACAAGGUAAGAGUUUAGAGUAAGAUACAGGUGUCAUUGGCUGAAGAUUAAUCCAUCAGUUAUUGAUCGUGCUCAGCAAUAGCUCUUUUACACAUCUUUGAACCUCAGACCUAAAGGGAAUGGAAUAUUAACUGGGAGUUGAGAUUAUGCUGUACUUGUUUUGAAAAGUGUCAUGGAAGUUUUAAUCUAGAUGGCUGCCAUCCUAGUUGGAGUGAAAGGACCAUGCUUUAAUAUCUCAUCUGAAGAAUACCAUUUACAGAAGAGCAGCACUCUUACUGAACUGAAAUGCAGUGUGGUCUAAUAAUCUACUGCUUGACCCUUGGUAAAGAACCGCUUUUCACAUUUGGAUCAAGUAUUACUUCUAAUGCAGCUGUUUAAGUCUAGUACUGUAACAAUGCUAAACUAAAAUAUGACCAAAGCAUUUUAUUGCAGAAAAUAAUGUAUAUUUCAUUAUAUCAAAAGACAGCCUUGGCCUUGAGAAACGGGGCAUACAAAAGUCAGAAGUUCCCAAAACAAGCUUUACAGUGAAUGAAGUGCUAAUGUUGCAAAAUGUUAUGAAAGGACACAGUCAUCUUUUCAGCCAUAAGGAAAAUGGCUCACUUAUACACAAAUUUCAGCUGAAUGGGCCUGAAGCUCGGAUGGCUGCAGGAAUGUAUUAUACCACCGUAGCCUGCAGGCCCACCGGGUGCAGGGCUGCCAUUCCUGGAGACGCAGCCGUCACCCUCAAGAUGUGGGUGCCCCCAGAUGUUUUCACGACCAGCUGUGAUGCUUGGACUUUGCCUAGUGGAGUCACCGCACCUGAGCUGGGUUGUUAACAUGGCUACUGACUCAGAUGUGCUGCAUUUCCAAUUUGAACAGCAAGGGGAUGCUGUGUUGCAAAAGAUGAACCUCUUGAGACAGCAGAAUUUAUUUUGCGAUGUAUCAAUAUAUAUCAAUGACACUGAGUUUCAUGGACACAAGGUGAUUUUUGCUGCCUGCUCUACAUUUAUGAGGGAUCAGUUUUUGCUCAAUCAGUCAAAACAAAUGCGAAUCACCAUAUUGCAGAGUGCUGAGGUUGGCAGAAAGUUACUAUUGUCUUGUUAUACUGGUGCUCUCGAAGUUAAAAAGAAGGAGCUUUUGAAAUAUCUCAUUGCUGCAAGUUAUCUUCAGAUGGUCCACAUUGUAGAGAAAUGUACCGAAGCAUUGUCUAAAUAUCUGGAAAUUGAUGCUUCUAUGGAGAACAGUAAUCAGAACACAGAGAAAUGUCAUUCCUCAGACACUGAGCUGAGAAAUAAAGAUGACAGUUUGCUUAAAGACUGUGAAAUAAUUGAAAUUUCUGAAGAUAGCCCUGUUAAUGUAGAAUAUAAUGUAAAACGGGAGAAAGGGGAUGUCUUACAACCUGCAAUGCAAAGCUUAAUAUCGGAAAGAAAGGACAUGAAGACUCCAGAGAUUUCCACAGUUGAAAUAGGAUAUAAAGAUGAUGAAAUUUGUAUCUUCAGAAUGGAUUCCAUGAACACAGCCAAUGUGGAAAAUGAUCAUUUUCCACAGCCUUGCACUUCUUCUAAAACAAGUUUAUAUUUUCCAGAAACACAACAUUCACUGAUAAAUUCUACUGUUGAGAGUAGAAUUACAGAAGUGCCUGGGAGUCAUUUUCAGGGCUUUGUCAGUGACAAUACAGAAGGAACCUCGGGUGGGUUUCAGAGUCUGGAGGAUUCUGGUUAUUCAUGGCGGCACCAAUGUCCUAAAUGUCCCCGAGGAUUUAUCCACCUUGAAAACUAUCUGAGACACUUAAAAAUGCACAAGCUCUUCUUAUGCUUACAGUGUGGGAAAACAUUUACACAAAAGAAGAAUCUCAAUAGGCAUAUCCGAGGGCACAUGGGCAUCCGCCCAUUCCAAUGCAUGGUUUGUCUGAAGACGUUUACUGCUAAAAGCACGCUUCAGGACCACUUGAAUAUUCACAGUGGGGACAGACCUUACAAGUGCCAUUGUUGUGACAUGGACUUUAAACACAAAUCUGCCCUAAAAAAGCACUUGACUUCAGUUCACGGAAGGAAUGGUGGUGACAAGCCAAACCUUGACGCAAUUACACAGAUCAAAAUAGACUAUGAUUAGUGGAUCUCUGGAUAGAUGUAAAGAUAUGCUCUAUUUAAAACCCCGUUGUAGUGAAAUGCCAGGUGUUCACCAAAUCUUUAUGUAACGGAGACAAGUGCAAAUAAAUAUCUAAUUUUGCUUACUGUGUUGAAACCUAGUAUGGGUGCAAUUGUUUGGAUAAUGUUUGCUACUUUGAAGAUAAAUGGCAAAAUAUCAGAACAAAAUUUGUGCUCCUUUACAAGUACUCAUGGUACGAAUAAAAGAUCGCUCCACAAAACUUUUUCUUCUAAAAGAGAAGUCUUUGUGCUUGUCUUUCACACUUCCUCCUCCCAUUAGAGGACAAUACUAAUAUUUGAUGGACCCUUCAUAUCUCAACGAGCUGAAACCUGAACUGUUUCUUUCCCAAUCUUUAAUAGAGUGGGAAAAGAGAUGUCAGUACCUAUUAGAGUCAAUCAUUCCCACUCAAUUGAGCAUUCUAAAUUCUGUUUCAGUCUAUGGUGAGAUCACCUUCCCGGUUCAACAAAUUGUUGGCUCUUUUAGUAGAAAGAAGUCAGGGGCUAUUCUAUUCUAUAUAGAUUUUUCUACCACACUCAUAUCUGAUUCUCAAGUGUGUAGUUUUAAAAAAUAAAAACAGGAAAACUCUUUAAUGAAGCUUUAAAAUUGUCUUUAUAAAUAAGAGGAGCAGUAAAAGACACACACACACUAUUCAGUUCACUUUUUAUUCAUGUUCUGAAGUUUUCUAAUAACCUGUUUGACAGCUUUGUUCUCACUGAUGCAAAUUGUUUGGUUGUACGCUUCUUUUAGUAAUCAAACCCUAAAUUAAUUCUUUGUCUUCUGAUUGUAUUUUAUGUUUGUCUUAGUUUUGUAAAUCUGAUGUGUACUGCCGCUGUGAAAAUAUGAGCUACAAGUUGUCACAUAUUAGGAAUCUAUAUCUAUUUGAAAGACAUUCUUUCUGUAUAAGGAGCAGUUUGGACACUGAAGACUUUUCAGUCUCUAAUUGUAUGAUAUUGUAAAACACUAUUGUAUGUGUCUGGGUAGAUGUGUUACACUUCAUGGUUUUACCUGCAGGCAUCAAACUGCCCUAUAACUCAAACUCUUUAUCUUGUGCCUGUCCUUGAGUGGCAUAUAUGUUUCUUCCAUUUAAUUUGGUAUAAAUAAAGACUAUAUAUAGUUAUUGAAGUGGAAUAAUGCCAUUUAUUCUAGAUCCUCUUGAAUUGGAAAAAACAGCAGUGCUCUUUCUUGUGUAUUUAUACCAUGUAAGGCUAUAUUUCUACAUUGAUCUUAUGUCAAUUGCAAAGGGAUAUUUUUAGUUAACCUCCUGUAUACAUUGUAAUACAAAAGCCACUCUUUUUUUGGGGGGGGUUUCACUCACCAGCUAGUUAAGUGGUGUUUGUGUGCACAAUAUAUACUGUGUAACUUAUUAUUCAUCUAUAAGCAAUGUUCAACUGUACUGGUAUGAUGACUGCUCUCUACUGGAAACCCAGAUUUGGCAGGCUUAAUGCUUUAGUCAUUUUACCUUUGUUUCAGGAUGAAUUUGUAAUAAAUUCUUCGAUAGUUAGAAUCACGCUUUGAAUAACUGAUUUACCAGUCACUUAUUACAAUGCCUAGAGGUCUCAGUUGAGUUCAGGAUCCCAUUAUGCUAGGCAUUGCACAUGAACAUCAGAGAUAAUUCCUACCUCAAAUGGUUUGCCAUCUAAAUAGAUAAGCUAGAGGGUGAUACGAAGUACUGCUAUCUCUAUUUUACAGAUUUUUACAGUACCCUCAAGGGUACUGAGGCACAGAGAGACUAAUGAAGAACAUGCUUCAGUUCAUUUUACCUAGUGUGAAGUAGUCCUACUGAAGUGAAUUGGCGGACUAGUCAGUGUGUAAAGUUAAGCAUGUAUAUAAGUCUCUGUAGGAAUGGGGCCCAAAUGAUAUGCCCAAGGAAGGCAUAACUGGCCAACUGAAACAAUAUCCUGAGUCCCAGUCUAGUGCUUUAAGCAUAAUACAUCUCUCAGCUCUUAUCCAAUAUACAUAAUUUGGACA